GAUGUCGCUCUUUAAAGUUAAAUCAUUUUUUGAGCUUUUAAAUUGUUGUUUUUAGGGAAUGAUAAACUGUCUUUUCUUGUUUAACUGUAUUCAAUUGCUUUCUUUCACGUUAAUGGUGAUAAUGGACACAUUUAAGUUGUCUCAUUCGACUUGAAUGUGUUAGAUUUGAUAGUUUCAUCAAAUUACAUUGUGAAUAUUAAUAAGCAUCAUAUCAAAUAAUAAUCCUUAUGGCUACUGAAAGAGCCUUUGACGAAGAUGGUGCAGCUAAUGUAAUCGCUCAAGGAUCAGAGCUUAAAUAUGACUUUCAGCCAGGCGACAUUGUUAUGGCACCUUGGACUGCCGAUGGCCAAUUCUAUGAAGCUGAAAUAGAUGAUAUUUUUAGUGAUGGCCAAUGUUGUGUUGUAUUUUCUAAUCUACCCAACGGGAAGAUGAACGUUUCACAAACCUGCCUAGUCACAUUACUUAAGCCAGCUCAAGGUGCUAAGAGAAGGAUGAAAAUCGACACCAGUGGAUUAAGAGCAAUCACUAUACGAUUAUUCAUGAACUGGAGUAUUAAGUUGCGUACUAGUUUCAAUCCUGAGAUACCUAUUUGGCUAUUAGGAUUAAGAUACCAAAGUAUUGCUGGGUCUGAUGUAUCCAGGAACCAAGUUCUGGAAAAAUUUAGACAGGAUUUUUCGAGUCGUAUUUGGUUAACAUAUCGCCGAGACUUUAAGAGGCUACCUGGCUCAAUGCUCACCUCAGACAGGGGCUGGGGGUGCAUGUUAAGAACGGGUCAAAUGAUGUUGGCUCAAGCCUUUCUUACUCACUACUUAGGUCGAGAAUGGCGUUGGAAUCGAACACAGUCUGAUAAAAGUGGAAUGAUUCAUCGAAUGAUAAUUAAAUGGUUUGCAGACGAUCUGACAUCUGAUUGUCCAUUUUCAGUACACCAACUUAUUAGGAUGGGGUCAUCAUUAGGCAAAAAACCUGGAGACUGGUUUGGACCUUCAAGUAUAUCUAUAUUAUUACAGAAAGCUUUAGCUGCCGCUGCUCCAUCUAAUCCCAUUUUGAAUAAUAUCUGCAUUUAUGUUGCAAAUGACUGUAGGGUAUUCAUUCAAGAUGUCAUUAAUAUGUGCACCUCACCUACAAUUGCUCACAAAAAAUCUGACAGUAUUACACGUGAAUAUGGACGUUCACUCAUUAAUAAACAUUCAACUCGCUUAUCAUUAGACUAUGGUCGUUCUUUUGAUAUCAAUGAGCAUGGCUACUUCUCGAUGCAGCAUAGUGACGUCGAACGAGGUCCAACCACAACAUCUCGUCGUCACUCAACUAAACCAAUUUUCUAUGGUAAAGCCAUGUCCACUAUAAAUUUGACUGAUGCAGGAAACAGUGUCACAAAUAGUCCUAACUUAGGAAACCAUCCAUCUAUGGAUUAUGUAAACAACUCAUCUUCCUCAUUCUCCAGUAAUUCCCAUCAUCAUCAGUUUCCUUCUCGUUCUCAGCGUCCGACAAGCUUACCCAGUGAGCCCAGUCGAGAUAAAUGGAAGAGUGUUAUUAUUAUUGUACCUGUGCGACUAGGAACUGAAGUCUUAAACCCUAUUUAUGGCUCUUGUAUUAAAUCCCUUUUUCGUCUUAAGUCAUGUUUAGGUAUAAUUGGUGGUAGACCUAGACACUCGUUAUAUUUUGUUGGUACAACUGAAGAUAAAUUAAUCUACCUUGACCCUCAUAAUGAUCAGAAAGCAAUUGAUCCAAGCAAAACUGAUUUCCCCCUGGAUUCAUAUCACUGUGACUUUCCUCGUAAAUUAUCAAUUGAUCGGAUGGAUCCAAGUUGUGCCAUUGGUUUUUAUUGUCGAACACGUCAAGAAUUUAAUGAAUUAGCAGACACAAUCGGAGAAGUGAUAGUUCCAAAACACACUGAUUAUCCCAUGUUUGUUGUCUCUGAAGGUUCAGCAUCUGCUCAUCGUUAUGAUUUAGAUUGUUCAAUGGAGCAAACCAUUCGUGUUAAGCAUCGUUAUAUUGAUGCGCUUGGAGAGAUCACUUCUGAAUUUGAUGCAGAUGAGUUUGUUAUGAUCUGAUUCAAAAACAAGUUUCCCUUGACUCUUUCCUAACCACGGAUCUCAAUAACCUAACAUAAAUCACUCAUGUCAAGAGAAAUGUAAACAACGAUAAACUAUUGAUUUGCAUCAGGUUCAAGAAAAUAAAUUAAUAA